AAAGGGUCGCAAUCAUAUUAUGUCUGCAAGAUUAAAAAGAAUUACAAAUGGCCCAUUUAAAAAAAACAUUGGAAUAAGUGAAGAGCUCAAACUUCAAGAACUUGGAAGAAUACAGAACUUCAAAACACCAGUGCAAAUUGCAAGGCCUCAAAGACAGCCAAUGAACAACAGUUUACAAUUAACAUGUAUAUUUGCUAGGGAGUCAACUGUGGUAUGAUUUUCUUUGAAUAUGAAAAUCAACUCAGGAGCUAUAUACAUAUAAAUAGAAUCUUUGAUCAACAAGAAAGAAUCAAGAAGCCAAAAGGGUCAUCAGGGAGAUGAAGAGAAGAAGAGAGUUAGAGAUGGGGUCAGAGAUAAGGUCUGCCAUUGAUGAGCUAUCCAUGGUGGUUCUCAAAGUCAAACCUGCUGGUGGUCCUGAGCAACAUAGUACUUGUGCCUAUAUCCCCACAAAGCCUUUUCUCUCAGUCUGCAACUUACUUCUUCAAGUUCUUGGUUUGUCUCUCCUUUACUUCUCAAGUGAUCACGGACCCUUCAUCAACAUGAAUAUGCUGGAAUUUUAACUAUAAGAUAGGGCCAACAAUGGCUGUUUUGAGACAGGAUGUACAUCAGAACAUCCAGAGAUUGGAGAAGUUCUAUGAGUCCGAGCCUUCUGUGUAUUCAAAUGUGGUGGAGAUAUUGAGUAAAGAGGCCAAAGAAGGCAAGGCCAAAAAGGGUCCCAGCUGCAGCAAAGCCUUUGUUUGGUUGACCCGAUCCUUAGAUUUUACUGUAACUUUGCUGCAAUUGUUGGUGGAGGAUUUUGGUAGGGAUAUGGAGCAAGUAGUGGAUGAAGCAUAUAAUAUCACUCUGAAGCCAUGGCAUGGAUGGAUUUCCUCAGCUGCAUACAAAGUAGCACUUAAACUAGUGCCUGACACCAAAGAUUUUAUCACAAUUCUCAUGGCGGAAGAUGAAAAUCGGGACAUGCUUAAAGAAGAAACACGUACCUUGAUUUCAUUAUUUCUUCCAGUUUUAGAAGGAAUACGUACCAUUCUGAAAACAUUCGGAUUGGAUAGGUUAAAGUGUACCUGAAGCAAAGCAUGAGGAAAUGGAAACUAUUGUACAGGGUGUUCUGUUCUGUGACUUCAUUUUGCUCUUCAAUGUACAUAUGUAGCUUACUUCUGUAACUUCUUCUGUAAAAUUGAGUCCAUAAUCAGGCUAUGCCCUGUGUGGCUGACAUGCGUGAAUUAAUCAGGUUCUCCAGUUUGUUGAGAAAUGAAUGUAAUUUCAAGUUGAUUAGAUUAACAGGACUUUGUGUCUUUGGGACACAUCAAUGUUUUGCCAAGAGUAAUGAAACCGAUUGCUGCAAUUGGACCUCUGAUUCAUCCCCA